CCCAGACUCAGAGUCCAGAGAUGGCUCAUGCUGCUGUAGUUUCUCUUAAGCAAACAAUAAACCGCCUCCCAAUAUUUCUUCAUAUUUCCCCUCUCUCCUCAAAUCUUGAACUCAUUCACAAGAGCCUCACAUCCCUACAACAAGUCCUGGAAAAAUUGGACGAUAGCUGCACCAGCACCACCAGCAGGAAGAGGCUAAACGCUUUGGAUGCAGAAAUCAAAGAAACAGUCCACAAAUUAGAAGAUCUACUCGAAUUCGAAAUUUCAAACCAUUUCCUCUCCGAACCAGAAACCCAUGGAAUCGAAGAAUUAAGUCAAGCCAUUGGCUCGUUAAUGGAUACGAUGACGAAGAAGGAGGAAGAGUUCGUCAACGAAUUAGAAAAUUCAGUGACGGAUGAUGAAGAAGAAGACGACGACGCCAAUGCUGCUACAUCAAUUUGGGAUUUUGGGGUGAAGAUGGUUGGAUUGUCGAAAGAAUUCAACCAUCUAAAAAGCAAACUAGUGAAAGGUGUUCGGCCGGAUGAAUUCGGCGUUUUCUCGUUCGUCGGAAUGGCCGGCUCCGGCCGCAGCAUGAUUGCUAAAACCAUCUUCGAGCACAUAUACAAUGGCAGAGAGCAAUCCCUAGACUGUGGUGCGAGGGUCACAAUAGGCCCGAGAUAUCAGCUCAGGGAAACCCUUCUAGCCAUUCUUGAUCAAUUGAGGGGUCCUUCUGAAGGAUCUGUGUUGGAAGGAGAUGAUGAAUUGUUAAUUGAGAAGGUGUACUCAUCUUUGAAGGGUCGGAAGUAUAUGCUUGUGAUUGAUGAUGUAUGGGAAACUCGGGUUUGGGACGACUUGAGAAGGUCGUUUCCGGAGCAGAGUAAUGGGAGCCUAAUCUUGAUCACUACUAGCUUUGAAGAAGUUGCUUUAUAUGCCGACUGUUGCAGGAUUUUCCAAAUUCCUGUCUUGGAUGAAGAUCGCACUUGGGAUCUUCUUAAAAUGGCUAUUUUUGGUGUGAGGUCGUCUUGCUCUCGACAGACUGAGGAAAGUGGGAGGAUGAUUGCUAGAAAUUGUCAAGGUCGUAUGUUUUCGUUUGCCAAGGUUGUUUUCUUCAUGUUGAAAGCCGAGAAGAAUCAGAAGAUGGAACUGCAAGCAUGCUGGAAUGAAAUAGCUCAAGAUAAAGAGCAUCCUGUUUUUUUGAUUCCUGAUGAAUUGUCGGAGGCUGAUAAAAUCGGGGAAGACAUCCAACUUCUAAGUGAUUUUUGUUUGGCUAAUGAUAGAAGAACUGCAGCUAUGAAAAUGGUGGUGGCAGGGUUGAAUAGUAAUCUAUCUUACAAUUAUCUUGAACAAUUCAAGAUGCAUAUGUUCCCGGAUUGUACGAUGCCUGAGAUUGAAUUCAUGUCGGUAUUGGGGAUGGCGGGCAUUGGCAAAACGAUUCUUGCUAAGGAAAUCUUCGAAGACAAAUCAGUUUUGGAUCAUUUCAACCAUCGUGUCUGGAUCACUUUAGGCCCCAGAUAUCAAUCAAAAGAAAUCUUGGUAGAUAUCCUGGCUCAGAUAUAUCCCAGCAUGGAUAAAGUAAGUAUGAGAGGAGAUGAGGCAUUAAGUAAGGAAUUGUGUGCUGAGUUAUCCAACAAGAGAUGCCUAAUUGUGUUGGAUGAUGUGUGGAACACUGAGACGUUGCAAUUCUUAAAGGAUUUGUUGAAGAAAUCAAAGGCUAAAGUUUUGGUCACAACUAGGCUUGCAUAUGUAGCAAGAUUCAGUCCAAUUUAUAAAAUUGCUGUAAGAAUGGAACUGCUGAACAAAGAAGAAAGCUGGAGUCUUCUUUGUCAGAAAGUCUUUUCCAAAGGCUCAUGUCCUCGUGCGCUAGAGAAAGCUGGGAAGCGGAUUUCAGAGAAUUGUGACGGGCUUCCUCUUUUAAUCCUCUUAGUUGCUGACCACCUAUCCAAAGCUGAGAAGAAUGUAGAGUAUUGGAUCGAGGUAGCAUAUCAGAAACAACACCAAGUUUUCAAGAAUGCACAUAGUGAAAUAUCAAAGUCACUGGUUCCAAGCUAUGAGAGUUUACCUCAACAUUUGAGAGCAUGCUUUCUCUACAUGGGUGUGUUUCGUCAAAAUCAUGAGAUCUCCACCUCCAGAAUCAUCAAGUUGUGGGAUGCUGAAGGAUUUCUUGAACCAAAGCAGUCCGAGAAUGUGGAAGAUUUUGCAGAAAAUUGCUUGAACGAGCUUGUUGAUAAUAGUGUUGUUAUGAUUUGCGAAAGGAGCUACUAUUCUGAAUCUGAGACUUUUCGCCUCCAUUCUGUUUUCUGGCAUUUAUCCAACACAGAAGCUGCGAAGAGCAACUUUUUCCAUUCCUUGGAUACCAUUGGUGAUAGCUCAAUUGAAGGUAUGGAGAAGCAACGCAGAUUAUGCAUCCACAAUAGCACUUUACUAGGCAUCAAAGAAGUGCACGACACGAUCACAACCAUCUCAGCUACACGUUCUCUGCUAUGUACUGCUCCGCCCCAUCAAUAUCCAGUCACGGUGGAUUUUGGUUUGAGGUUGCUGAGGGUAUUGGAUGCUCUUACAAUCCGUCUCUAUGAGUUCCCAGAUGAGCUCGUAGGACUAAUUCAUCUAAGGUACCUUGCCCUCACUUGCAGUGGGCAACUUCCUACUUCAAUAUCAAAUCUCCGCAUCCUUCAGUAUUUGAUCGUUGGUGAAUAUUUGAGCAUUAAAUCCACCGAUGAUUCGUUGCUUCUGCCAGCUGAGAUCUGGGAUAUGAAGGAAUUGAAGCAUCUUCAUGUCACAGGAAGAAGCCUAACCAGCCCUCAAUGUGGUGUCAUUUUACUAAACCUCUCAACACUCUUAGAUGUGAGUGCUCAAAGUUGCACAGAUGAGCUAUUCAAAGGUGUUCCUAACAUGAAAACGUUGGGAAUUCGAAUUGAACUAGACCCUGAUGACGAUGGUAGUAUUCCGUUCACUUUCUUGGACUACGUCUCGGGUCUUAGUAACCUUGAAUCACUUGAAUGUGUCGUUGUGAAUCCUGAGUUCAGGGCCGGUAUUGGACAACAACCGCAACCCACUCCUGUUCAGAUAUUCCCGUUAGGUCUUAGAAAAUUGAGCUUGAGUGGGCUCGGAUAUCCUUGGGAGCAUAUGCGUGUUAUAGGUGAACUGCAAAAACUCGAAGUGCUCGAGCUGCGAUGCUUGGCCUUCCAAGGAGCAAGGUGGGCAGCUGACGCCUAUAGUUUCGGGGAAGUCCAAUAUCUUCUACUUGAAGAUAUUGAUGUAGUGAGAUGGGAACUUGGAAGAUUUUCCUUCAAGAACAUUGAGUUUAUAAGAAUUAAGCACUGCUACGGAUUGGAAGUGCUGCCUCGUAAUUUCUCAAGCACUCUUGGCAAGAUUGAAGUAGUUGACUGUAAUAUGUUUGUGAUGAAAUGGGCAGAGGAAGUGAGAGAGGUGGACUUGAAUAAUAUGCAUAUUUCAAGAGCUUUUUUGGAUGUUGAAGCUCAUGCUUCAUGGAUUGACGCUAAGAAGGGCAGCAAAUUGGAUUCAAAAUAAUGGUUAGUUGCUGUAAAGAAGCACACUAACAUUUGGAAGUUAUAUAUGGACCUAUGGUAAUGGUAGCAAUAUGUAUGAAACAUGAUCAAUGGUGUGCAGUUUUUCUUGUUCUUGUAUAGUUGUGUGCUGCUUGUAUAGGUUGAAUAACCGCACCACGUAAACGCAGUCUUCUUUGCUCGUUAAAACUUUUUUUUCCUAUU